AACUCUAUUCAAAAUGCUCAUUGCUCAAGGAAAUGGAAAAUGAGAAAAAGAACACAAGUUCUUUGAUAACACUCCAACAUGAUAUCCCCGAUAAUGUUUUUUUGCUCAUUACAUGAUAUCCACAAGAACAUGAUAUCCACAAGUUUUGCGCAUUACACACACGAUGUAUAUAUAUGAUAUCCCCAAUGUUUUUUUGUAAAGAAUAUAACACUCCAACAUAAAAACUUUAUUUUCUCAUAGUUGAAAAACGUUAUGAAGAAAAAAAAAUGUUGUGAUUCGUGAUCAAACGAUGAAAUAUAAGUUUCAGCGGCAACAUUUAUUGUGUGGAAAGAAACAUUUAAAUUCUUGAAAAUAUUUUACGUUCUGUUAAAAGUAAUGCAAAUUUUAGGCAUAAAAUGACCACAUGAAAGCCGUAUGAAAAAGGUCAUAAAAUGACCACCAAUUUCGAAAAUGUACGCGCUAGAUUCAUUAUUUAUUUGAGCCACAUAUAUAUUGUAUUUUUUUUUUGAGUAAAAUAUAUAUAUUGUAUUUUUAUUAUUUUUUCUUUUGUCACCAUAUUGUAUUAUAGAAAUUAUACUUGUACAUAAUAAUACACAUAAUCGAGAAAGUUUUCAUAUCGUGUUCAAACCAUACACUACUUGCUACGUUACUAUAUUAAUUAUAUUGCAUUCUAGAACCACCAUAAAUUUCAGACAUUUGACAUUAUCCUGAUAUCCAUAUUUAUCUCUGACGUGUAUUUAAAGUAGGUUAAACUCUUAACAAUAAAACAUGAAUUUUACACCAAAAAUAAAACAUGAAUUUCUUUAUAGAAAUCUCACGUCGGUCAAAACUCAAUUGCGUGCGAAUCUCUUUCUCUCUCAAUGGUCUUUUUUUCCUCCAGGGUUUCAUGUGCAAAUAUUGUAAAGGAAGUGAAUAGCCCCCACAAAAUUCACUAUAAAUAGUCAUUUUGUUCUUGUGCAAUCUACAUAAAUCAUCAUCUCCAAAGAAAGAAAAUAAACUCAAAAAAGAAAAGAGAAAUGUCGGACGUCUGCCAAGACACCGCAGGUGAAGGGAUGAAGAGCUCGUGGCCUGAAUUGGUGGGGAAAAGAGGAGAAGAAGCAAAAGAUAUAAUUGAUAGAGAGAAUACCAAAGUGAAGGCUGAGAUUAUAUCUGAAGACGCUAUUGUUUUGGCUGUUGUGGUUUGUGAAAGGGUUUAUGUUCGUGUCAAUGACUGUGGCAUUGUCACACAAACCCCUUUCGUCGGCUAAAUCAGUUAUUAUACACUCUGUUUGGGUGAAUAAAUAUGGAUCUUAUGCCUCUUUACAAAAAAAAGAAUAAAUAUGGAUCUUAUUAUGUAAGGUACUAAGGUAACUAACGUAUGUGUUAUAUAAGGUAUGGUUUUCGUGAAUAUUGUUAUAAGGAUUUGAGGCGUAUUAAAUGCCUCCAUUUGUAUUUUCUUAUUGUAACCAGAUUGUUGCAUUUGCUAUGUAAUUGGAAUAAUGAAAUUAAUGUAUGGUGACUCUAA